GAAAUUGGGCGAGAGAACUCAGAGGAGAAGAGAGAGAGAGAGAGAGCAGGAUGGUACGCACGGGCGGAGUAGAGUUCGACGAAAGUCCUCCGGACUUCGAUCCGAGUAACCCGUACGGAGAUCCGGUGGCGAUGCUGGAAUACAGAGAGUAUCUGGUGAGGGAGAAAUGGAUAGACAUAGAGAAGGCGAAAAUACUGCGGGAGAAGGUGAAAUGGUGCUACCGCAUCGAGGGCGUCAACCACCUCCAGAAAUGCAAACACCUCGUCCAGCAGUACCUCGACGCUACACGUGGCAUCGGCUGGGGCAAGGACUCCCGUCCUCCCGAUCUCCACGGUCCUAAGGUUGAGGAGUGAUCCUGCUUGGAGCGUUGAGGUACAGCAAAUUGCCAUUCAGAUGCGGGAGGAAAUGGAAAAGGUGAUGUUAAAACGGAUCUGGUGAAUUCGUGUUUUCAUUAAUCAAUUUCCGAUAUUUGUUUCUUUUGCAUGUGAAGGUGAUUUUUACCAUAAUCAAAAUAACGGACGGCUUGGAUGGAUGAUGUUUGAAUUUCUUGCCAACGUUGCACAAAAUAAGCUUUUCUUUUGCCA